UGACGCUCAUCCCUUCCACUGACAAUUUUCCCGCGGAUUUCGUUGAUACCGGACGGCUGUGUUCUUUGUAGUCCGCGAAAGUGUCAAAAAUAAUUGUCAAAAAGUGGUAAUCUCUUUGAAAUUUGUGAAAAUCAAAAAGUCAAAAGGGCCCUCCUAGUGCAUGUGAUACGUGGUAGACAAAAUCUUCGAGCUUCGGUGCUCUGGGACAUGGAAUCGCAGUGCGCGCAAAAGGCUCGUGCUCUGCUUUGCUGAAUUCAUUAUCUCCCUUCACAAGGUUCUGGGAAUUUGACUCUUGCAAGAAAGGAAUGAAAAUUAUGGACUUAUCUGGAGAUGAUGGAGAGUGUCAGGUCGAUGCAGUUGUGGACUCGAAGACAAAGAAAUCCAAGCAAGCGAGGCUGCCUUUUCAAACAUUAGUGUCAGAUUCACCAGUAGCCAACAAGAAGCGAAAACAGGCAUCAUCUCCGAGCUGUAGGAGUGCAAAGCAAGCCAAAGUUAACACAAAGGAAAAUGCUUUCAAAGUAGUCGAAAAAAAUGAGACUGAUGAUAUCAUAGUUCUUGAUGAAAAAGAUGUUGUUGAUAAAGAAGAAAACAAGAGCAGCAACGAAACUGAUGAUGUUAAAGAUGCUUCAAAGGUGGCAUCCACUGAAGAUACAGACACAAAGAAUAAAAAAUCUACAUCAGGUAAAGGACCUGGGAAAGCUAAGAAGGCUGAAAAAAUUCAAGCCAGUCCAUUGACCAAGUUUUUCAAAAAAGUUGAAAAAAGUAGUAUGGAAAGUAAAAGCGAACAAACAUCAACAAAUAAAAAUAAAGAGGAAACCUCUGAAAAAAUGAAGAGUGUAAAUAAUAAUACCAAGGAUAUUGUAGAUAUAACAGUUGAUGAAGAGGUUGAAACCACUUUGCAAAAAACAAAUAAAAGUGAGAAGUUACAGAAAUCGAAAACAGAUAAAAAGGAUACUGCUUCAAAAAAUAAAAAUAAAUCUGAAACAGAAACAGAUAAAAAGGAUAAUGCUUUGAAAAAUAAAAAUAAAUCUGAAGACUCUGAUUCGAAAGAGUCUGAUGAAGAUGAAAAAUUGUGUGUAGAUACAUCUUGCUUGGAUGAAAGCGAAAAAAUGGAUGUGGACUCUGAUAUUAUACUUUCAGAUGACAGUGCUGAUGACGAGGAUGAUGAUUCUGGAAAAUCUGAUACCGAUAGCAAAAAAACGGAGCACGAAGAUACAGAUAGUAAAGAUGAUACAAACAGAAGCAAUAAAACCAAGGUAUUAACACCUACAAGAAAUAAAUUGUUGGAUUCUUCCUCAAAAAACAAAAAGUUAACUCCAAAACAAAUAGAAAGGAAAUUGGAAAUUCAAAAGAAACGUGAAAACCGAGAAAAACAAAGAUUAGAAAGAGAGAAAAAACUACAAGAAGAGCGAGAAAGCAGGAAAAAAGAGAAGGAAGAAAAAAAGCGAGAGCGUGAAGAGAAGGAAAAGUUGCUGAAAGAACAAAAAAGGAAAGAAAAAGAAUUGAAGGAGCUUAAAAAGCAAGCCGAGAUUGAACAAAAACAAAAAGAAAAGGAAGCUAAAGAAGAAGAUCGCCGCAAACGUGAAGAAGCGAAAGAAGAAGAAAAAAGGAGAAAAGAAGAAGAAAGACUGGAAGCAGAAAGGAAAAAAAUGAAGACGGUGAGCAAUUUCGUAAGUUUCUUUGUACCAAAGAAACCUUCAGAAACUAAGGUCGUCGAAGAGGAGACGAAUAUCGAAGGAAGAAAUUUCAUGCCUUUCGAAAUAAAGGCUGAUAUGCGGGUUGCUCCUCAUACACGGAGAAAUUUGACCCAAAGUGAAAAGUCGAAACUCGACGAACUUGUUACAAGUAGCGGCGCAAAUAAAUCCGAAUUGUACAUAAACGAGAUAAAAAAUAAGAAGCAUAGCAUAAGGAAGUCUGAAAGAACGUGGCCAUUUGAAUCGUCAAAUGAUGACAUUGUUAUUUUAGAAGACGAGGAAGAAGAAAGUGCAAGUGUUGUGCAAGCUGGUAAUGGUGUGGUAGAGAAGCAUCGCGCUAAACUCUUGUUGUUUGGAGACAACCGUCGACCACCAUAUUGGGGAACUUGGCGAAAAAAGAGUAAAUCGAUCAAUCCACGCAGGCCGUUCGCAAAGGAUACAAAGUGGUUCGAUUACGAGGUUGAUUCAGACGACGAGUGGGAAGAAGAAGAACCGGGAGAAUCCAUUCACGGAUCGGAGGACGAGAAGGAGAAGGAUGAAGAAAAUGCCGAGGAAAACGAGUAUGACGUCGACAACGACUUUAUGGUACCUCAUGGAUACCUGUCUGAAGAAGAAAUUGGCGCCGACGAGGAAGACGACGAUGAAGAGGCAGGAGACUUGAAUCCUGAAAAUCAGAAAACGAAACUCAAAAUUCUGGGAGAGCAGUUCGAGGCGGAAAGAAAUGCGAAAACCAAGAAGCUCAAGCCUAAAGUCAUCGGCUGCGUUUGGAUGGCUGAAAAUAACGCUUAUCCAGAAAACACGCUGCCAUACGCAGUUCAGUUCCUUACAGCACGCCACGCCUGGGUUCGUGAAAUUCCCGUAGUAUUGACAGCUCCAGCAGAUGCUGAUAACCUCAAUGACACAGAAUGUGGUACCCCGUCGCAGAAAUAUGCUUCAAGCGCAAGGAAGGCCAAGGCCAUGGAAGAAGCCAUGCCAGACUUGAUUCGUUUGCUUCAUUAUAACCCACACGGUCGUGGCUUUCUCAUCAAGGAGUUCUUAGAGUUUUGGAAUAAAAAAAGAGAGGGAGAAAAGCCUCUGCCCAAGUUGAAGGUGCAGCAAAAGUUUCAAGAGAUAACGAAGCGAAUUACUUGUUCCGAGCCUGGACCCAUGAACGGAAAGGCUUGCUGGUACGUCAAUGACGAAAUUCGAACGAAAUACUUGGGAGACGAAAAAUUGAAUGUAUUGAAUAACUGGACGUACUGCUUAACCCCGAAGAAAAAGAAUAUUGUUGAAGCGGUUGAUAAAACUGAUGAAAAGGAAAAAGAGAAGGAAAAGGAAAAGGAAAAGAAAAUGGUACCUCUCAUUACGCAGUUUACGAAAACGUUAACUGCCGAAGAAAUGCAAAAGCAGCUGUUGGCAGAUAAGGUAUCUACACCGACGUCGAAAGCGCCCGAAAAAGCUAUUACGCCAACAACGAAGUUGGCAGAAAAUCCCACGACCAGCACAUCCGGGGUUAAGCCUACGCCACCCAUGAACAAACCACCGAAACGCGCCUCACUCGUUUCUGUUCCUCGGGGAGAGCCUUUCCCGAAGUCGCCUCGUGUUAGUCUAAUGGACAAAUUUGUAACUAAAGAUAACUCCAAUACUAGUGACACUAAGAAGGAUGAUAAAUCUAAAAAAGCAGAUCUAGACGAUGAUGACUGUAUGAUUAUAGAUGACAGCGACGAACCUGAUGCUCCUUCAGUUUCUUCCAAAACUGAUAGCACAAAGAAAGUCGACAAAUCAAAGAGUCAGUCCAAAAGUGAUGCGAAUAAGAAUGUAAGUACGAAAGAGGAUAAAAAUAGCGAUAAAUCAGGGAAUAUCUCUAAGAAUUCCGACGUCGAUGUAAUGGAAGUUUAAAUUUUUUGACUUUAUAAGUCAUUACUCUUAUUUUGUAUAGCUUGCUUAAAUACUUAUUGUAGACGACAGAACAUUAAUAUUAUGUAUGAAAAGUGUCCUUGUACUAAGUUUAAAGGAUUAGCAUAGAAUUGGAAGUAUCAUUUUUAUAUCUAUUUUUUAAAUAUACGCGUUAUAAAUACCUACUAACAGGUUGAUGUUUAUUCAGUACUUGCGUAUCCAUACGAUUAUACUUGAAACAUGCGUUCCUCUAAAGUGCUUAUGUAAAAUAAUAUAUUAUCUUCGAAGUUAAAGUUGGAAAAUGACAUCUGACUUUCAUAUUUUGUAGUUAUCAUUGUUCAAUGCGAUUUUCGGUAUCCAAUUUGUAAAAAAUUAUCAGUGUUAUUGCAUCUACUAAAUCGUUGUGAUACUUAAUGUCGUUGCCUUAUUAAAUAAGAAAACCAUUGUUAUUGGACUGUUAUAAUCAGCGAUUUAAAGGCUUUUGUCCUAAAAAUACAUUAAUCACAACUUGAAUAACUAUUUUUAUUUCAAAAUGACAAAAAAAAUGCCGCCAGUUUGUAAUUUUUUAACCAUGUUUUUGUAAUAAGAAAUGUUGUACAACUUUCUAGUUUUACGUUAUUUACAGAAAAUGUUUCAUAUUUUUUUCAAAAAUGAUUACUUUUUUACAAUUUCUCAACGUUAUUUUUGAAUGAUACAAUGAAUUUUAAUCAAUUUCUAUAUUAUUAUUAUUUAGUUGUACGAGAAAUGGUUGAAUAAAGAAUAUGUAUUAUCAAAAUUAA